GAAAGAUGUCUGCCAAUAAGUCUUACAUCCUGCUGCUCCUCGCCUGCUGCCUGGCUGCGCUUGCUGUUGCGGAUGUGCUUCCGGGUACUCCAGCUGACAGUCUGAUACGACGCCAGAGAUCGCCGCAGCCGCAGCACGGCUCUGUGGUUGUAACAGCUGGCAAGGAUGAGGCGGGACGUCAGGCGGGCGUCCAGUAUAAUCAAAAUCUCUUCACUAGUCGCGAUGGGCGCGGCAGCAUAGAUGCCUACGCGAAUGCCAAUCGCAAUUUUGAUCAGAACCGCAACAAUUACGGCGGCGGCAUUCAGGGUAGAUGGCGUUUCUAAUUAUCAGACUAUAUGC